AAAAAUAAACCGUAGUCAUAAAGCCAAUGCUUUUGGUUUAUCGGUGCUUGUGAUUAAUCAUAAUCAACGACCCAAAUUGCAGGAAUCAUUUCGAAACGCAACUUUAGAAUUAGUGAUUGUGGUUAAUUAAUGAAAUGAAACUGGUAGCUCGCGAAAAAAUGCCUGACUGUCAUACGUGACGCAUGUCAGUGACGUUUCCAAUUUUGAGGUUAGGACCUGAAAAUAACAAUAAUAACAAAUCGGUUUCGACUCUCAACGUUUUAAUAUGCGUAAUUUCGGCAGUUUUAAGUAAUUGCAAUGAAUUUGGGUCCUACAAAUCCCUACGGUAACGGAUUACUAUUUGCCGGUUUCAACCAAGACCAUGGUUGUUUCGCUUGUGGUACGACUUCGGGGUUCCGAAUCUAUAAUUGUGACCCACUUAAAGAAAAGGAACGUCAUGACUUUGAUAAUGGGGGCUUAGGUUACGUCGAAAUGCUGUUUCGAUGCAAUUAUCUCGCACUUGUUGGAGGUGGGAUAAAUCCCCUGUUUUCGCCCAACAGGGUUAUGGUUUGGGAUGAUUUGAAAAAGACAACACCCAUAGCUUUGGAGUUUAAUACUCCUGUGUUAGCUGUAAGGCUGAGAAGGGACCGAAUUGUUGUAGUUUUAGAGGGAGUCAUCAAAGUGUACACCUUCACACAAUGUCCACAACAAUUGCACGUUUUCGAAACAAAUACCAAUUCAAAAGGUUUAUGUGUGCUUUGUCCAAAUAGUAAUAAUUCGUUGUUGGCGUUUCCUGGUAGAAAAACCGGUCACGUGCAAUUGGUCGAUUUAGCCAAUACUGAUAAAGCGCCUUUGGACGUUGUGGCACAUGAAGCUGCUCUCAGUUGUAUUGCUUUGAAUUUACAAGGAACUCGAAUGGCUACAGCUAGUGAGAAAGGGACUCUAAUUCGAGUGUUUGAUACUGGAACUGGUGAUAAAAUCGCCGAAUUGAGGCGCGGGGCGCAUCAGGCAACUAUAUACUGUAUAAAUUUUAAUCACACGUCCACAUGUUUGUGUGUGGCUUCGGACCACGGCACCAUCCACAUAUUCGCAUUGGACGACCAAAAACUAAACAAACAAUCGACUUUAGCUAAUGCUAUGUUUCUACCGAAAUAUUUCUCUUCCACUUGGUCAUUCUGCAAGUUUACAGUUCCCAAUGGACCACAGUGUGUCUGUGCUUUCGGUGCAGAUAACAAUUCAGUUAUCGUGAUUUGUGCCGAUGGUUGUUAUUACAAGUUCGUGUUUAACCUGAAAGGGGAAUAUGUGCGAGAGCAAAGUGCACAGUUCCUCGAAAUGAGUGACGACAACACAUAGACUGGGAAAUUAUUUUUGUGAUUGUAUAGUUUAGGGGGUCUACGCGAUGUGUACCGGUUUUUACCACCUACUACUAAUUUUUCUAGUAUAGUUUUUGAAGUGUUCAUUUCGUGCACAUAAUCCCGAUUCCCACUUUAAUUUUAUUGUAAUUUGUCAGUAUGUUAAUAAAUAUUUUAUUUUA